CUUGGUGAAAUUAGACGAGAUGAUGGUUGUUUAGAUUUUUCGGGUGGUGUACAUGAAGUAGGAAAAGAUGAUAAAAUUAUUGUCUAUCCAUGUCAUGGAAUGAAAGGCAAUCAACAUUGGGCAUAUAAAGAGAAUGGUCAUAUAUUUCAUCAAGUAUCAUCUUUGUGUUUGGCAUUAUCCACUGAUAAUAAGCAUAUUCAAAUGGAAAAAUGUGAUGAAUCAAAUUUGAGACUUAAAUGUUUUCUAUUUCAAGAUAAAAUGUCACUUGACGAUGAUUUAACGACGAUUUAUAAACAACAAUAUUUUACUACACAACUUCCAUCAACAUUUUUAGCAUGGAACCUUAAUAAUAAUAAAAAUCAUGAUGAUUUUAUGAAAAAAAUUCUUCUUCUUCAACGUCUUAUUCGUCGUCAUUACAUUCGUAAACAAUUUGACCAUGUUCAAGAUGAAUAUUUGAAAACAUUAAAUGAUAUUGAAAAUGUUUUUGUAUCUUCAUUUCCAUCGUAUAUGAAACCAAAAGAUGACAUAACAUCGAAUCACACGUCUAAAAACGAAGUGAUAAUAAAACCUAUUCCUAUGAUAUCAUCGAUUAUUCAAAAAACAACUAUAACAAAAGAAUUGCCACCAGUAGAAACCGUGACAAGCAUUGUUUGCCCGAUUUCUUCUUUAUCGGGUAAAAUUGUGAACAAUCGCCAUCAACAAUUAGAAAGUCCAGUUGUAAGAAACGAGGAAACAAAGCAUACUGGUAUUGAUCAACAUGAUUCAAUCGAUUUUGAAAAUCAAUUAAAUGAUAUGGAUGACACGAAACGAUUAACUAGAAAUGAAUUAUUAAGAAAACGUGAAAGUUUAGCAAUUGAAUUAGUUUGGAUUGAACAAGCAAUUAAAAGUCGAAAAGAUUAUUUGAAAUUAAAAACACGUUACACAUCUGUUAAUAGUUGA